AUGAGGACUAGAAUACAACAAAGAGAAAUAAAGCGACCUAUUUUCCCUAAAAUCAAAGAAAGAUUAAAACAAUCUUCCCAAAAAGAAGUCAAAAUACUUAACCUUGCCGUUCAUUUAGAAAGAUUAACCGCUCAGUUAAGUGAUGGUCGGGAAUUAAAUGAAGUGCUAGGGAUAGAAGUUUUUAUUCAUGGUUUUGAUGCUCCGUGCAAAUAG